CGGCGGGAAUGGAGGCGUCGCGCUGCCGACUCGGACCCCGCGGGGACAGUGCCUUUGAAGAUGAGACCAUGAAGCUUCGACAGCUGAAACUAGAUAAUCAGAGAGCACUGCUGGAGAAGAAGCAGAGGAAAAAGCGCCUUGAGCCACUCAUGGUACAGCCAAAUCCAGAAGCCAGGCUACGUCGGUCAAAACCAAGAGGUAGUGAGGAGCAAACUCCUUUGGUGGAACCUCAUACCCCUCACAACAGUGUCACUUUACACGGCAUUGAUGGUCCAGCUGCUUUCCUCAGGCAAGAUACUCAAGAUUCCGAAACCAGACUUCAUGUUCUCUCAGUUGGCUCUUCUGCUACAGAAGAGGACACUGAAGGAAGUGUUGAUGGGGAAAGCACUUUGGAUACUGCUUCCAAACCCGAUCUUCAGGAGAUUCUCCAGAAACACGGUAUCUCAGGUAGUUUGAACUUUGAUGAGGAGACUGGGGAGGAAGAAGAAGGAAAAAAAUUAAGAUCUCAUUCACCAUGUUCAGAGGCAGGGAGACCCAAUUCUGCAUCCAGCCAGAAAUCAACCACAGAUACAGGAGCUUCUGGUACUUCAGCCCAACAAACUGAUAGCCAGCUGGGGGAAGUAGAGAAUUUAGAGGACUUUGCUUAUAGUCCUGCCCCCCGAGGUACCACAGUCAAGUGUCGGAUAACCAGGGAUAAAAAAGGAAUGGAUCGGGGUCUCUUCCCCACUUACUAUAUGCACUUGGAAAAGGAUGAAAAUCGGAAGAUAUUUCUUCUGGCAGGUAGAAAACGGAAAAAGAGCAAAACAUCCAACUACCUUAUCUCCACUGAUCCCACAGAUUUAUCCCGUGAAGCAGAAAGUUAUAUCGGCAAACUCAGAUCCAACCUCAUGGGGACCAAGUUUACAGUUUAUGACCACGGCGUCAGCCCAGCCAAGGCCCAAGGCCUGGUGGAAAAGGCCCACACCCGGCAGGAGCUGGCAGCCAUCUGCUACGAAACAAAUGUAUUUGGAUUUAAAGGCCCUAGGAAAAUGUCUGUGAUCAUUCCAGGGAUGAAUAUGAAUCACGAACGGAUCCCAUUUCGGCCACGAAAUGAGCAUGAGAGCUUGCUUUUAAAAUGGCAAAACAAAACCAUGGAGAACUUGAUUGAGCUGCACAACAAGGCCCCAGUCUGGAAUGACGACACGCAGUCCUAUGUCCUGAACUUCCAUGGCCGGGUCACUCAGGCAUCUGUGAAGAACUUUCAGAUAGUCCACGAAAAUGACCCUGACUAUAUCGUCAUGCAGUUUGGACGUGUGGCAGACGACGUGUUCACCCUGGACUACAACUACCCGCUGUGUGCACUUCAGGCCUUUGCCAUCGGGCUUUCUAGCUUCGACAGCAAGCUGGCGUGCGAAUGAGACAGACGUGCUAGAGCUGGACCUUCUCACUGCAGAGCUUUCAGGAACAGAUAGUUGCCUCCCUUGCUCUUGGCCCAGAAUAUGAGGAGAGACACGCCCUUUUUGGAAUAAUCCCUUACACUUUAACAUAGGUGAGAAAUUACUCAAAGCACAGGAAGGUUCCUGUCCAGAGUACACUGGGGACUCCUGAGGUUAUUGCCUCUAACAGAUCCUGUGCCUCAAGAGUCAGGUUUCCUGCGCUUGGAAACUUGCAGCUAGAAUCAGGUUCUAAAAGUUAAAUCCUAGGGUCUGUCUUUUGAAGACCUUUUCAGAGAGGGACUGUUCCCUUAAUUGACUUGAGUCUCUAGGUGUGCAAACUUUUUCUGUAAACGGCCAGGUAGUCUGUCUUACAGCUGCUCAGCUCUGUCGUCGUAACAGCCACAGGCAGUUCAUACACGAGCAGAUGUGGCCGUGUUCCAGCAGCCAGAUGUGGCCUGUGGGCUGUAGCUUGCCAACCUCUGUUUCAGGUAUAUCUCUGUACUCUCUGGACUUGGGCAUUUCUGAAAUGGGCUUGUAGUCAUGAGAUGAUCUGAGUGGAAGAUGGAUGGAUGUCUCUAGGAAGCAGUAGUCCUGCAGAUUGGAUCCAGAGGCACUUGGCUGCAUUCACUGUUACAAAGCAUUACCUUGUUUUGGUGAUGAUGGUUCCUAGAAUAUCCUUUACCUUCAGAACUGGGAAACCCAAAGUCCAUGAUUAUUUUGAGAGUCCACACAGGUGGUUUAAUUCUGCUACCCUAGCCAGCACCCCCACGGGAGAAGGCAGCCACUCUGCCUGCCCUGACAGAAGAACUAACGCACACUAGGAACAAAUCCAGAACUGUAUUGUCUUUAUCACAGGGAGCGUGGUAUCUGAUUCUUACAGUUAGCUUAUUGUCCCCAUGGUGCUUGGAGGUACUGAUGUUCCAGUCCUGCUCUUCCCUUUCUUCCUCCAGAGCAGAUUGGCUGGCCCCAAUCUCAGUCAGAGUGGCUAUGCCCAAUUUGUGAUCAGUGAUGUGAAAUUUGAUACAGUUGUCUUCAUUUCAGUUUAGACUGAAAACAUAAACCUAAGAGGUGACUUAGUCUGGUUAAGACUGAGUAAUUUGACAGUUGCCUUUACUUUCAACCCAGGAGUGCCUCCCACAGCUGCACUGAUAUUAGUAUAGAGGGACACGCCUGUAGACCAUGUAAGAAGUGAGAGAUCAGUACGUGGUAAAACUUCCCUUGCCAUUGUGCAGAGAGGUGGCAGGAGAGGCCUGGUGAGGACUAGCCAGCUGGCUGAGAGCUCUGCAGACCUUGCUGGGCAAAACUCUGGGCCUCUCUUCUCGACACAGAUGUUACCAGCCCUGUGAAGUCUGGGCCAUUGGUACAGAUCAAGCUCCUGUCACUCUUCCACACAGAUCAUGAGUUUUGCUAAGUCGCUCCGAUUAUUAGCACCUACCAACAAAACACGACUCUGCUGCCAGCUCACCGGUCUCGGAGUGUACAGAGAAUCCAGUAACUGUGUGAGUUCUGCGUUCAGCGUUGCUCAACUCUCAAGCCUUUGUGCGUCGAGCCGUCUGCCAGCAUGGAGCAGGCAUCAGCGGCUGUUGUUCCAUUCUGCUUCCCUUCUGUGGACUUCCUUUUUGUCUGUGCUUCCUGUUGUUCCGGGCUCACGUUGAGUAGCAGUGUGAAGGGAGGAGGUCUGGGAGAGGAAAGACCCUUGGCUCCUCUCCCACUGGAAAGUCUACCUGCCGUGUUUGACAUACUGGUUUCCAUCUCAGGCAUGCUCGCUUCCCGUCAUGUGCCUCCUUCGUAGAAGUGCUCAGAGCCCUUCAGACGCCGGCACCACCUUCCUCGUGCACCCUCAAAUGAGCUGCCCUCCCUCACACAAAGCUGUUCACUUCUCUCUGCUUGAGUACUUGACAACAUCUGGAGAAGGGUGUGUCGUGGGUUGUCCAGAUCUAAUCCUGCUUUCCGCUUGCUCUGGCUGAGAGACAUUUAUACCCCAGCUUCAUGUACUUGCUGCUCGAAUGUGCAGGUGAUUGGUUCUACAUAAAUCAUAUUUAUA